AUUACGUGAAAUCACGUGGAUUAUUUCUUCAGUAUUAAGACCCCCUAAAGAAUUGUACAAAAAAUAUAGUGAAAAGUUAUCAUUUUGUUAUGCACCAGGUCAUUCUCAAUUCCAAGAUGGUUACAUAGGAAUCAACGAAUCAUCUGUAUCUGGUAUUUUAGAACUUAACUUUCCAUCAGACGAUCCCGUACAUGACAAGCAAAUUGAUAUCACUCUAAAAGGGGUGGAAUAUGUUUUUUGGACAGAAAAUCAUGGAAAAAAUUCUAAAACUUAUAGACAUAAAGAAAUUUUAAUUUGUCAAGAUAUAUGCGUUUGGCGAAGCCAUGAUAAUACAUAUCAACAGAUUAACGAACUACAACUUCCUUUUCAAUUUGAAUUGCCUGAUAAUCUACCCUCUUCUGUAAAAUUUGCUAGAGAAGAAUCCAAAAUUUAUUACAGCUUGAAAGCAAGCAUGAAACAAGAAUCUAGUAUGUUGAAAUUUCGUGGUUCAACGAAAUUCAUUAAAAUACGUUGCCCAAUAACCAGAUAUUCUUUAUUUCCAACGAUUUCAAUUCCAACCCAAUUCUCAAAUUAUGAUGACCCUUCUGCUAUCUCUCGGGGAAUUGGAUAUUCUGUAUCAUUGGAGCAUAAUUGUAUUCCUCCACGAAAUGACACAAUACUUAAUUCCGUUAGACAUAGUAUCGAUAGGCAUCAUAUUAACGUUUCUCAUAAAUUUAGAUUCAAGAUCAAAUUUGGAGUUUUUGGAGGAAGCGAUAUUAUAUUGGAAAAGGAUAUUAAAAUUGAAGAUAUGAUCACACAAGAUUUAAUGUAA